GUAGACUCACAACCUACGUACAUACGAAUCAUCAAUGCAAGAGUACACGUAAGACGUCGCGCCCCCGUUAGCGUGGCAAAGGCGUCUGCUACGACGGGACGGAUGUUGAUCCCAUUCCAGCAUCCAGCACCAAGCACAUAUCGGACCCCUUGUACGUGGGAUCAAUCGCAGAACCGCUACCUCCGGUCAUUGAUUAGUGGAGAAGGGGAUUGCGCGUACAAAACGGGACUGCGUUGCGGCUGUUUCAGCCAGACGACGUGGUGA